AUGCGGCCGACGAUACGUGUGCUUGCGCGCUACCUGGAGCCAGGCACUCCUACCGGCCUGGCCGGUCUAUGGACUCAUUCCACUCCUCGAUCGACGCUCCUCUAUCUUUACGGGACGACCCUCAACAAACUCCAAUCCAUACCUGAGAGUUCACUUUACCGCCAGUCUGUGGAGGCUGUUACAAAAUACCGAAUGGGUCUUGUGGAAAAGAUUGUCCCUCCUGGCUACAACGAGUGGGCAGUCAGGGCCAAAGAGUUAAUCAGCAAAAACCCCGAGCAAUUCCGAGUUGCCAGCGGUCGAGUUGACGGUAGCGAGGCCAGAACUGUGAAACUCGGGGACCGUGUGUUUGUAAUCGGUGCGAAGCAUGAAGCUGGUGAUGUACGUUACGAAGAAUGGGAUGGAGAAGCCGAUGAAGGUGGUGAGCUCGAGGGCAUUCGAACUCCAGCGGAAAGGCAGGACCAGGUUAUCUGGGCUGAGCGGAAGCCGUUACAGGACCACGAGAAAAUUGAAUGGGAAGAUGAACCCCAGUUGACCGCAGAACAGGUGCAGGAGCUGGAGCAUAAGAUUGGCGCCGGCCUUAUCGAAGAGGUCAUCCAGGUCGCAGAGGGCGAGCUACGCAUCAUUGACACCAUGGAGAAGGCCAGAAUUUGGGAGGAUUUGGGGGAAAAGCCUGUUGAUGGCCAAUGGGAAUACUUCGACAGGAAGACUAUGUAA